AUGCCGCUGUACGAGCUCUUCUGCAUCGCCAGCCACAACCCCGUGUCCCCAGCAAACUUGCGUCAAUUGGUGCAGUCGCUGGCGACCACUGUCCACCGUUCGGGCGGCGUGGUGCGCGACUUUGCUUCGCUCGGCAAGAACGUUACUCUGCCAACCCGCAUGCGUCGUAACCAGCAGUACCACACCCACGGCGACCACUUCACCAUGACCUUUGACACCUCUCCCAUCGUUCUCAAGCGCCUGAACGAGACUCUGCGUACCGACCCCCUCGUUGUGCGGUGGAUGUUGACGAAGAAGGGCGUGGCUCUCAAGGAUCUCAACCCCGCUCCCUCCACCACCAUCCGCGAGGUCAACACCGCUUAA